CGACUUCGCAUACUCUGAUGUCCUCAAUACUAAGUCUCUUGUAGUCACACAAUCGAUCGGCAUCCUAUUGGGCGCAACAUGAAAAUUGACGGCCGAACAUUCAUCAUAUCUGGCGGGUAGGUUUCAUGUAUACAGUCCCUUGAGUCUUACCCUGCUUGUUCACAGGUCACAAUCACAUGCUAUCAUCUGUCUUCAUGCCACCCAGCGUGUCAGUCGGUACACUGACAUACUUACACUCAUACUCUCAUCCACUUUUACAUAUUGUUACACGCAGUACUGAUGUCAUAAAUAGUGCCUCUGGGCUGGGCCAAGCGUGCGUAGAGAUGAUCGUCGCCUCUGGCGGCUAUGUAGCAGUUCUCGAUAUGAACGAUGAGAACGGCGCCGACGUCGUCUCAAAGCUCGGGCCCCAGACCAAGUACUUCAACUGCAACGUCCUCGAGACCGAUAGCAUCAAGGCAGCGGUUGAGGGAGCCGUGGCAUGGGCCAAGGACACGGCCAAGCCACUGGGAGGCGUGAUACCAGCUGCAGGUGUCAGCACGCCGGCAACAAUGCUCGACCGUGACGGCAACGCGAUGAGUCUCGACGACUUUGAUUUUGUCAUGAACGUCAACCUGCGAGGAACCAUCGACCUCGUCCGGCAGUCUGUUGUCCACAUUGCAAAAGUGGAGCCUUCCAAAUCUGACGGCGAGCGCGGCAUUGUCAUCAUGGUUGCUUCAUCAGCGGCGUUCGAUGGGCAAAAGGGCCAAGUUUCCUACUCGGCCUCCAAGGGUGCUGUCACUGCGAUGACUCUGCCUAUGACCAGGGACUUGGCGCGCUAUGGUAUCAGAGUGGUAACUAUCGCGCCGAGUUUGUUUGCAAGUAGAAUGACGAGCAUGAUGAGCGACAAGGUCAGAGCUAGUCUGGAGAAGGCCAUGGAGUUCCCUAGACGCGAGGGCCAACCGGGCGAGUUUGCCGCUCUGGCUAAACACGCCAUCGAGAAUGUCAUGUUAAACGGGACCGUCUUGCGGCUGGACGGUGGUAUGAGGAUGCCUAGUAAGAUGUGAAAAAAACCUAUUCGUGUAAGCAUAUAUAAUUAUUGUUGUGAUCAAACGCUAAGCAGCUUGCGGGCCCACCGGCGUUGCUUUUGUUAGGGGCUGGGGGGUGAGGGCAGUUGGCGGAUGUGACAUAUCCAAUCACUUGACUUAAAGCUCCAUUCAACACAACAUUAUGGCAGGUGAGACAAAUAGAAGGCUGCGACAGAACAAAAUCAUCAUAUCCGAGCGUCCAUACCUAUGGUGCAUGCCAACUAACUAGACCAUAGCAUUGUCAUCGUACAACUAAUUGAUGGGUGGUCGUCUCCAUUCUGAGCAAAGCAACAUGAAUACAUAUUUUGCUUGACCAACUCGACCCUUGACAAGCCCUGUCCGUCUCACAAUACGUAAA